CCCACCCCCGCCCCCGCAACUGCGAGCUCCCUCCCUCCCUCCCUCCCUCAUCAUCCCCCAUCUCCAUCCCGCACGCGCUGGCUGCUGGCUGCUGGCUGCCUAUCCGCUGUUUCUCCCUCCCCGUGUGCCGAGCCGAGCCGUGCCCGUGGCCCCCCUCCUCUCCGCUCCUCUCCCCGGCGGCGACUCCCCCAACAAGGUCUUUGGAGACUGGCUUGAGGGCGCCUAGGAGAGACUGGCCUGGAGGAUGUACAAGGCAAGGAGGCAAGCCUCACUCAAAGUGCGGCGACGAGUCGGCAAGUAUGAGCUCGGGCGGACGAUCGGGGAAGGGACGUUCGCCAAGGUCCGGUUCGCCAAGGACACCGAGUCCGGGGAUCCUGUUGCCAUCAAGAUCCUUGACAAGGCCAAGGUUCAGAAGCACGGGUUGGUCGAGCAGAUUAGACGAGAAAUCUGUACGAUGAAGCUCAUACAGCACCCCAAUGUUGUCCGCCUGCAUGAGGUGAUGGGAAGCAAGGCAAGAAUUUUCAUUGUUCUGGAAUAUGUCACGGGUGGAGAGCUCCAUGAUAUCAUCGCCGCCCGUGGGAGCUUGAAGGAGGAUGAAGCACGCAGAUACUUUCAGCAAUUGAUCAACGCUGUUGAUUAUUGCCAUAGCAGGGGUGUAUACCACCGAGAUCUGAAGCUAGAGAAUUUGUUGCUUGAUACCGCUGGGAACCUCAAAGUCUCAGACUUUGGCUUAAGUGCGAUAUCUGAGCAGGCGAAGGCUGAUGGGUUACUACAUACUACAUGUGGGACACCAAACUAUGUUGCUCCCGAGGUUAUUGAAGAUAAGGGCUAUAAUGGUGCGCUUGCAGACCUUUGGUCUUGUGGGGUAAUUCUUUUUGUGAUGCUUGCUGGAUAUCUGCCUUUUGAGGAUGACAAUGUCUCAGCCCUUUAUAAAAAGAUCUCUGGAGCUCAGUUUACUUGUCCCUCAUGGUUUUCUGAUGGAGCUAAAAAGCUGAUUCCCAGGAUUCUGGAUCCCAAUCCUUCUACUCGGAUAACUAUCCCACAACUAUUGAAAGACCCAUGGUUCAAAAAAGGAUACAAGCCACCUGUUUUUUAUGAUAAAUAUCAAACUAGUUUGGAUGAUGUUGAUGCUGCUUUUGGAGAUUCAGAAGAAAAACAAGUUAAGGAGGAAAUGGAAGGGCAGCCAGCUUCGAUGAACGCAUUCGAGUUGAUAUCACUGAAUAAAGGACUGAACCUACGCAAUUUUUUUGAAGCUGAUAAGAAGUACAGAAGAGAAACAAGAUUUACAUCACAAUGUCCUCCUGAAGAAAUCAUCAGUCGAAUAGAAGAAGCUGCUAAGCCACUUGGCUUUGACAUCCAAAAGAAGAACUACAAGAUGCAAAUGAAGAACCUAGAAGCAGGAAGAAAAGGAAACCUAAAUGUUGCAACUGAGGUCUUCCAAGUGGCUCCAUCUUUGUUUGUUGUUGAGCUGAAAAAGGCAAAAGGAGAUACUCUGGAAUUUCAAAAGUUCUAUAAAACACUCUCUGCGCAAAUAAAGGAUGUUGUUUGGGUUUGCGAGAGUGAGGUUGAAGAAAGAGGCUCCACAUAAGGCAGCUGCAGAGUGUCUUUCUCAGGACGUAGUAUUUUAGGUUCUCAUGUAUAUAGUUGUCCUUUGUUCCUUGUAGAUUCGUCCGGUGCUCGAUGUAUAUAGAGCUUUAGGCUGGUUCAUGACUUCAUGGUCUAGAAGCAGAUGAAAUAUAUACCAGUAGGUUCAAGUGCCUCUCUUUUUUCCCUUGAAGAAGGAAAGGUUAAAAUUUUGUUUGUGUA